UUCAUUCAUUUUGUAGCAAUUGAAGGAAGAUCAGAUGCGCAGGGAACCCGUACAAAGGAGUUAUCUGCAUCAGAAAGUGAUGAUUCUUUGAAAAGCAGAAAACCGGAAAACACCGAAACCAAACGUAAGAGUACAAAGCGCACUUUUAAAUCCGAAACUGAGUUUCUUGAAUUCACUCUGAGAUAUCAACAAGUUCUUGCCGAAAGAGAUGCAGCUAUUGCUGUUAGAGAUAAGCUAGAGUCUCUUUGUAGAGAAUUACAACGUCAGAACAAGAUGCUAAUGGAUGAGUGCAAGCGGGUAUCAACAGAGGGACAGAACUUGAGACUAGAUUUAUCAGCCAAGUUUCAAGAUGCAAUCAAGGAUGUUAGCGUUAAGCUAGAUGAGCAAAAGGAUGAGUGUCUUACUCAGCUAAAGGAGAAUGAGAUGUUGAGAAAUAAUCUGAAGCAGCUAGCUGAUCAGUAUGCCCUUACUGAACAACAAUAUGGACAGAAGUUAAAGCAGAAAACCCUGGAACUUCAGCUUGCUGAAUUAAAAAUUAAGCAGCAUGAAGAGAAACUAGUUCAGGAGCAGUCCCAAAUGAAAUUAUAUGCUGAGCAGGUAUCCCAAUUACUGGCUACCGAAAAGAAUUUGCGCUUGCAGUUGACUGCUGACGGAGAAAAAUUCCAGCAAUUCCAGGAUGCAUUGUUGAAGAGCAAUGAGGUCUUCGAAACAUUUAAGCAAGAGAUUGAAAAGAUGGCAAAAUCAAUCAAGGAACUGAAGAAGGAAAAUGUAUUCUUGAAGAGCAAAUGUGAGAAAUCAGAUGUUACACUUAUAGAACUUGUUGAGGAGCGUGAGAGAAUGAAGAAACAAUUGGAAAAAUCCAAGAAUCAGAAAGAAAAACUUGAAUCAUUGUGCCGAUCACUUCAGGCAGAAAGGAAGCAAAAUACUGUCAGAAGCAACAGCUCUGAUUCAGUUCCAGUAUAAAUCCCAACGGAUUGUACCGUCUUACAAUGAAUUUUGUAACUACCAUGAUGAAUUACAUGCCAUAUUUUGUCGUAUCUAUGACUUCUGCUUUGAGAUGAAGCAUUGGAGAUCUGUAACUUGUUUGAAUAUAAUGCAUUCUUCAGCAAUCAUUGUAUUAUUCAGCAUUUUAUAUAUGUUGCUUCUUCACCUGUGCUUUCCUUGAACGAGUUAAGGUUAAAUCAGGACUUUAGGCAUGAAUUUAUGUGUUAAAUAACAAAGCCGGCCAUGCCAGGCUAGCCUGAAGAGCGCGGUUGAAAGCUUGUUUAAUUUUCAAAAAUAUUAGUGCC